AUGGACGUUACGGCGCCGGCGACGGUGGCCGUGGCCGUGGCCAAACGGGUCAAGGAGCUCAAUCCAGUGCUGGUGGCUGUGCCUGGCCGGGGCCGGGCUCGAGGCGAAGCAAAUGACCACAACCUGUAUGCCUCCAGUGAUCUUGCCCAUGACGACGAAGCGGCCGUCAUUGCCUGUCGACGCCGACCCGACCAGUUGGAAGCAGACGAACGUGUCGCCUUUGCUGACAUCUUACAGCAACCCUGUGAUAUCCAACUCUACCUCCUGCUUCGCAACACCGCUCUUUGCCUCUCUCACGACUCUGGCAUCUUCAUUUCGGGCAUUGUGCAGCUGCAGCUAUGGUGGCAGGAUUGCCGCUCCGAAGUCACCACGCAUAAUGUUCUUCAAUGCCUCCCUCAUCACCUCUUGCUAGGACGCGAACAACGCCUGGCCUGCUGGUCUCGCCGCAUCAUUCGCUUUUUUACCCUGAAUUGCACCAUCAAUUUUGGCAGCUUUCAGCGCGAUCUUCAGUCUGAUGUGGUGCCUCGCAAAAAUCGGAGCGUGAUUGUCAUUGGUGCAGGUGCCGCCGGCCUAGCUGCUGCCAAUCACCUAAAAUAUCACGGCUUCCACGUCACCGUCCUAGAAGCUCAGCUUGUGCCCGACAGGCUAGUUGCGCUCAUUACCCUAACCCUAACCAUCAACCAACACCAUCAUGAACCACAGGAUCGACCAGGUGGUCGAGUGAGGAAUUACACGUGGCAAAAUCAUGUCGCUGACAUGGGCGCCAUGGUGUUGACUGGCUUGGGCCUGCUAUCGCAGUUCAAUCGCUGGCUGGGUCACACAAAGUUGCUUUCCCUCGAAGAAGAUGGACACAUCUCCCUGGGUCAAGCUUUACGCAUGCAAACCGAACGCGAAGAUCUCGACGCCAUGGCUCAAUACGACCGUCAGCUUCAAAAGAUUUGUGAUGACAUCGACAAGCUGGCCGCCGUGCGCAAAGCCUUGACCGAUGCCAUGGUCGCUCUUCAGCAGCGUCAGCAAGAGGCAGCUGCUCACGACAUCUUAAACUGCUCGAGGAUCCUCAUCACACCUGUAGCCCUAGCUGCUUUGCUCAAUUUGUGCGUGUCUCGGCCUUCGUCUCCAUCGCACUGCCGUACCUACAAGCCGAAACUGGAUAUCAAAUUGCCCCCCACACCCAGCAGUUGCGCCCUCAUGCUUGCGGCUACCAAUUCUAUCAAUUCGCAGGAAGCCUCCACCGCUGAACCUGACCUCGACUCAAUCAAGCAGCGUUGGCAGGCAGCCAUGGCCAAUGUGGCCGUUUUGCGAGCGAAAGAACAACUGCUUCACGCGCAAGUCGCUGCUUCUCGACAGGCCUUGCCUGAUACCCCCAAUUCAGUCUUGGAUGAGCGCCACCGCCGGCUGGUUAACUGGCACAUUUCCAACCUCGAGUUUGCCAAUGCCUCUUUGCUGGAUAAUCUAUCGGUUGCCCACUGGGAUCAGGACGAUGCCUUUGAACUGGCAGGUGCUCACCACGUUACCAAGCACGGCUUUGGUAGUUUCCCUGCCGGCAUGGCGUCGACACUGGCUCCACAUUACAAUUCCCCAGUUAAAAGCAUCAGUUUUGUAGAUGGGUCUAAGGUUGAAGUCGUGACUUCCAAUGCCGCUGUCUUCCGAGCUGAUGCUGCAGUUGUGGCCAUCCCGCUUGGCGUGCUCAAGUCAAACACAGUGGAUUUUCAGCCACCCCUCCCAACACGAAAAAUGGCUGCGAUACAACAAUUGGGUUUUGGCGUUUUAAACAAGAUCAUUCUAUGUUUUGAUCGUGCGUUCUGGAGCAGCAAUGUUGACAUGUUUGGUUUGCUCAAUGCGGAGAGUGAAACACGUGGCCGUGCAUACAUGAUCUGGAACUUUCAACCCGCCCGGGGUACCCCAACUCUAGUGGCAAUGAAUUCAGGACCUGCUGCCCUGGAAACAGAGGAGUUGGAUGACGACAUAAUCAUUCACCGUUGCCUAGAGCGGCUCAAAUCUGUCUUCAAGCAAGCUUUUGAUGAGGCCGAGCUUCUAAAUCACCACAUCACUCGUUGGCGCAGCAACCAAUACGCACGCGGCUCUUAUUCCUAUAUUCCGCCGGGUGGUGAUGGAACUCUUUACGACACACUCGCUGAAAUGAUCCAGUCCCCAGACUGUGGCGCGCCCAUUGCCUUCGCAGGGGAGCACACCUGUCGCUCAUAUCCAGCAACCGUUCAUGGCGCCAUCUUUAGUGGAGUUCGCGCCGCAAAAGACAUCUUGAGUCACUACGGUGACUUCGACUCAGGCAAUGCUGAUGUCUGCUGA